AUUGUGGUAAAAUGUGUGUCACGUGAUCUUUUCAAGGCUAGGUAAAAGGUGUGGGAUUUUUAUUAACCCCUGAUGUCUCAGCGCGAGCCGUGGUUUCCCCUCAUUGGGCAAGAGGUGUUUUAUCAGAGAAGUCUGAACAGCUCCAAAUAGAAAUAUUCAAUUAUAUAACUGUGACCAUGGAUUCGUUUGUGAAGUUCACAAAUCAAAGCCAGGGGAGAGACCGUCUCUUCAGAGCUACUCAGUAUGCAUGCAUGUUGCUUAGGUAUUUAUUAGAAAAUAAGGCUGGCAAAGAAAAAUUGGUUUUGAAGCUCAAACGUGUGGAAUCUAACAUGAGUUCUGGCCGGAAAUUGUUCAGGUUGGGAAACGUGGUACAUGCCAUAGAAGCUUCAAAAAAAGCAGUAGAUCUUUCAGAUGCUUUUUCAUGUUAUUGUCUGACUGCUGCCAAUUUGAACCGUGUCAUUUAUUUUACCUGUGACACUAUUCUUUGGGUAAGAAGUGUCGGUCUAGUGUCCAAUAUCAACAAGGAGAAAUGGCGCCAUAGAGCAACCCGCUAUUAUUUCUACUCUCUACUCCUCAACAUAGCUGUAGACUUUUAUGUAGUUUUGCGUGGCAUCAAGAAAGUGGCCAAACAUGUGAAACACAUGGAUACAGAUGCAGAUAUGGAGAGACGACCUGACACAAAACUUAAUUUUCUUUUACCAACAGGGUUGGGGGAUUUCUUAUUCAUGCUUUACUUGAGUUUGAAGAACAACCCACCAGUUUUAUUAGACAUAAUUAAAAAUACAUGUGAUCUUUUUAGUCCUCUUGACCGGUUAGAAAUUUACCAAACUAACCAAGGAUUAAUCGGAAUUAGUGGCUUGAUCUCUUCAAUUGUGGGUAUUCUUACUGUAGCAAAACCACCAUUAAAACUAAAACACUGAUAUAACUAUUGCUGCUAAAUAAGCCAAUAAAAACCAAAUGUGUUUAUUGGCGUAUAUAUAAAACCAGGAAGACAUUUUUACCUUCCUGGCUAAUAAUCUCUUUGCAAAUAAGCACUUUGAUGCAAUUAUAAAAUUAUUUAUAGCAAAUAGUGAAAAUUGGUUUACAAGAUAAUGUAGCAAUACUGCCUAUAUUUAAUUAUUUUAUAUUAGCAUAGACACUAAAUCUUACUUGAAUAUUUGUUUUAAUAAAUAAUAAUCAGUGUUUAUUUAACUAGUUGAUAUCUUUAUAGCUGAAAAUAAACUAAUUUUAUUUUGAGUUUUUAAUAGUUUAGUUAACUGGUGUUCUAAUAUGCCACAAGUAAAUGGCAUCUUAACUUGAAAUAGAUUUUUAUAAAAUCAGGAUUCAAAGUAUCAGGAAAAUUAUGCCAGUUUUUGGUUUUAUUCUUAUUUUACUAUGCAAAAUUUUUACUGUAACUGGAAAAUGUUUACGUGUGCGUGCUUAAAUGUGUGUUGUAUUAACUACUAAUGUUUUUAACGGUAAUAUGGAGUGACAUGCAUACACAAAAUCCUUUGGUGCAUUACUAAAUAGAUUAGCUGUAGAAAGCUGCCUAUUGUAAAACUGGCAUUUUAAGCUCUUUGCAAGUGUAGGAAUGCAUUUUUUCUAAAUCAUAAAUUCUGUUUUAAAUUAUAAGAGUUGAAAACACUUUUAUUAUUACGUUUUCCACUUUAAUUGGAAAUAUAUAGCAUAUGUACAUUUUGUAUGCUUACAUGAAAGAACAUUGUUAUCAGUUUUAAGUAUUAUAUUGAUAUGAACUUGACAUACAAUUUCAUAAAUAUAUAUAUAUUUUUAUGCAUCCUUGAUUGCUUUUGUAAUUUAAUUAUUGGUAAGUUUGUAAUAGAAAAAUGUUGGGAUAUUGUACUGGUAAGUUCCAUUGCAACUGCAGUUAUGUAUAUACAGAGCAAUAAAUAAAAUGCGUUUGAUUUAAAUCUUUGCUAGUUACUUACUAAAUGUCCAUCUGUUUUGCACUUUCUGUACAAAUCCAUUAAACUCUCAUGUUCCAAUGUU